CUCCUUGUUUCUUCGCCUUUAAACUGUAGUAAUUGAGCGAGAACAUCCUUCUGCAGCCGCUCCCGAUGUCGAUUUUUUUUCUCUGCUGCUGCCCUGCAUCUUGUGGCGUUGUCCCAUGGAAACAGCAUCCUGCCACUCCCGGUUGUCUCGCGUUCCACGGUCUGCUCUACCGACUUAUUUAUACAAACCGCUAUAUAGCUAACAUGUUCCCCCAUCUUUUCCAUUCUUCUUUCUCUUUCUUCACUGUCCAUCAUUGUUACCAGUCUUUCUUACUAGCGCGCAUUGUGCAUCUCCAAGGCUUGCCUUCCAUCUCUCGUUAGCUCUUCAAUCCUUUACCGUCCCUUUGUCCACAGUCUGCGACUACAAGGCUUCUUGCAACAUACCAUUCUUCCAAGUGCCAGCCACCUGUCAAGGAUAUUCUCUCGCUUCUGCGUACCAUACUUGAUACCACAUCCUAAAUAGAUCGACAUCGUGAUACAUAUCAUCGACCAUGCGCCGCUCUUUCAAAGCGACUCUGAUCGCUGCUCUUGCCAUCACCUGCAACGCGGGCUUCACCUGCAAUGGCCGCUACUUCGCCUUCUACAACCGGGAUGGGAACGCCCUCUCGUACCAGCAAAUCGAUCCUGCCUUGAGUCCCGGCACUAAGUCCAGCCACCUCCACUCCUUUGACGGAGGAAAUGCGCUCGCUGCCUCGAUGGACUACAACGUUACCCAAGAAUCCACCUGCACGACGAACAAGAUCCGUCCCGACUUGUCCAACUACUGGCGCCCGACCCUCUUCUGGAACGGCAACAACACUGGCUUCUAUCGCGUCCCGGAGAUGUUCUCCAAGAUCUACUACAAAUUCGGCGACGACGACCGUAAAUUUGCUGGCGUCUCUGAAUUCCCCGAGGGCUUCAUGAUGAUUGCUGGUAACGCCAUGCUCCGUCGUGAGCCCGGCGUAGCACGUACGAAACCUAAUCCAGCCGUCAAUUGGGCCUGUCUUGGACCUCCUGGUAAGAAACGGAUUGAUCGCCCGGGCUUUCCUACAGGCUUCACCUCCUGCUCGGAAGGCUUCACCGGCGAAAUUCACUUCCCUACCUGCUGGAACGGCAGUCCCCUAGAUCCCAACAACCCGCAUGCCCACAUGUCCUAUGCCAUUGGCUCCGGCACUGGCAUCGAUGUAUGCCCCCCUGGCUUCCAGGUCAAGCGUUUCCCUGAAAUCUUCAUCGAAUUUUGGUACAACAUCUCCUCGUUCGACGGCCACUACUCCGCCACCGACAGCCCCUGGGUCCUGUCCAACGGCGAUCCGACCGGAUACAGCUUCCACGCCGACUUCAUCAACGGCUGGCAGCCAGGCGUGCUCGCCAAGGCCAUGGGCACAGCGAAUGCUAGCAGCAGCUACUGUGACUGCGGCUGCGGCUGCGACGACCAGAAGUUCCAGCGAGACUCGUGCUUCGGCGCAAUGGGCAUCAACACCAACAAAGACGACUACCUCAACUGCGCUCCCAAGGCAAUCGCCGUCCCUGGCGACGACGGCGCGGUACUUGAGAAACUGCCUGGCUGCAAUCCUAUUCAAAGCGGUCCAGCCGAUGCUACCAUGCCUGUCGGCGAAGCCUGCAAUGCAGUCCCUGCUCCUACCGCCUCGGAUCCUCCUCCUCCCCCAUCGGUCGUCGUCAUGUCUCCUGAGCCUACCUCUGUCGUCGAGAGUGGAGCCGUUCCUACAUCUGCUGUUGUCGACAUGCCGUCUCCGCCCGUAGAAACUCCAUCCUCCGUCGUCGACAUGCCGUCUCUGCCCAUUGAAACUCCGUCCUCCGCCGCCAUCGACAUACCCGUCCCGGCACCUCAACCCUCCGCUCUCGACCCCAUCAUCCCCGAUCCCUCCGCUCUCCCCGUCAUUCCCAUCCCCUCCACAAUCAAUCCGGUCCCGGCCCCCGGUCCUGAAGCCAUCCCUCCAGUUCCCGUCCUCCCAUCUCCCAUACCCCCUGUCCAACCUACCGUAAUCAUACCACCCGUCGAAAAGGCCAACCUAGCCCAGUACCAGUACCAGCGCGAAUGCGAUGCCGUCGCUGCUGUCACAAUCACAACCACCGAACUCGUCACCCUAACCGUUAUUCCCGGGCGUCGUACGCCAGUGCCCACCAUUGAGGCGCAGGCAUGUGGUGCGGACGGCACGGUGUGGAGGACGGUGCAGGAGGUUGUUACUGUUACUGUGGCGGCUGGGGAGAGGAAUGUGAGGCGAGGGAGGAGAAGGGGGAUGAGAUAUCGCUCGGAUAGAUCUAAUUUGACUCUCAUUUGUUCCAACUACUGCAUGAUGAAAUUACCUUUACCAUGA